UUUCACAAGUCAUCCACUCAAAGCCUCCAAAGAUGAAGACCUUCAGUGUUGCAGUUGCAGUUGCCGUCGUGCUCACCUUUGUUUGCCUUCAGGAGAGCUCUGCUGUCCCAGUCACUGAAGAGCAAGAGCUGGAGGAGCCAAUGAGCCUUGAACAUGUGGAGAUGCCAGUGGAAACGUGGAAGAUGCCGUAUAACAACAGACUGAAGCGUCACAGCAGCCCCGCUGGCUGUCGCUUUUGCUGCGGUUGCUGUCCUAACAUGCACGGAUGUGGUCCCGAGCCUGAAAGCAGCCAAUGGACUGAAGGUGCUGUCAGUGAUGAGGCAACAGUGGUCCAAGUGAGUAUAAAGAGCAGCACAUUUUGCAAAGUCAACCAUCAGACAGGACAAGAAGUCAAAGGAGCUGACAAGAGUCACAGAAAGAGUGAAAGGAUUUCACAAGUCAUCCACUCAAAGCCUCCAAAGAUGAAGACCUUCAGUGUUGCAGUUGCAGUGGCCGUCGUGCUCACCUUUGUUUGCCUUCAGGAGAGCUCUGCUGUCCCAGUCACUGAAGAGCAAGAGCUGGAGGAGCCAAUGAGCCUUGAACAUGUGGAGAUGCCAGUGGAAACGUGGAAGAUGCCGUAUAACAACAGACUGAAGCGUCACAGCAGCCCCGCUGGCUGUCGCUUUUGCUGCGGUUGCUGUCCUAACAUGCAGGGAUGUGGUGUCUGCUGCAGGUUCUGAGGAUUCUGCACCAGCCUGGAACUUCCACAACAACCACUGAAGAUUAAUUUAUGAAGCUUAUUUUAACUUUAAGCACUUUUACAACUUUCACUUGUACUUGUGGUUCCAAAUAUCUGAGGAUGUUACUGGAUGCUGUAUUUCAAGUGUUUUGUGACUGCAUCAUCCACACUGGGUGCUAAAUAUCUGCAGAAACUACAGAGUAUUAUCACAAUAAACUUCAAUUUCACUAAUAUAUAAUGUGUCAACAUGUUCUUUUCACAUUGCUUUGUCUUGCAACAAUCUGCUAUCAGUUGUGACAGUUAACUUUUCUUUGAACUGUGUCAAAUUCAUCUCCUGGUUUAGCAGCUACAUCACACAUGAACAACAA